AUGAAGCUAACUAACCUUUCUACUGGAGUUCUUGGUUCUCUUCUUUUCUCUGUUUCUUCUGUGCUCGCUCAAGAUUUUGCUCAACAUGGAACCUUUACGGAGCCAAACACGAAUAUUACUUUCUAUACAAGUUAUGAACCAGAUGGAGUGGACCCGUCAGGUUUCUCUCAAGCUUCCAUCGGAGGCUAUACAUUCGGUAUUGCUUUGCCACCAAGUGCUACAACUGUAGAUUUCUAUGAUUAUGUUGGUUUGAUUGUGGGAUCCACACCUAAUGGAAAUGGAUGGACUGGUGUUCUACAGGGCGACAUGAGUGCAUCUAUGCCCAAUCAUCUCAUGAUUCUCGCCUGGCCAACUGGAAAUGGUGACGAAGUUGUCACAUCAUUCCGUUACUCACCAUCUUACCAAUUACCUAUUGCCUACAAAGGAACCGCAAAAUUGACCCAGAUAUUCUCUAAAGUCAACGCCACUCAUUUCACCUUGGUAUACAAGUGCGAGAGAUGUUUGAUCUUUGACGAUCCUACCCAGUCUGAAUUCAAUACUUCGACCUCUGCUGGAGAGUUCAUCCAAGGAUGGGGACAGGCGCUUGAGUCGGCAGCCGUAAAAGCAGAUGCGAUGUCUGAUUUUGGACAGCAUGACAAUGGACAAGGUGUAUUCAAGGUCGUCGUCAGUUCUGCAACUCAUACGGAUUACUCCAAGUGGGCUGCAUUGGCGACAUCAGUACCUACCGGAACCGUACCCACCACUACUCCAACUGCCGUACCAUACUCCUCAGUCCCAGUUCCAACAGCCACCAGCUAUGACUACAUAGUCAUUGGUGGUGGAGCUGCUGGAAUCCCUAUUGCGGACAAAUUGUCGGAAACUGGAAAGUCCGUACUUCUUAUUGAGAAGGGAAUUGCUUCAUCUGCACGAUGGGGUGGAACUUUGCGACCAGAGAGUGGCUGGCUAGAUGGCCAGAAUCUGACCUGGUUCGAUAUUCCCGGAGAAUGCAACAGAAUCUGGAAUGGUGGCUCACCAGGUGUCGCCUGCACUGAUAUGGAUCAAAUGGCAGGAUGCGUUCUUGGUGGUGGUGCUGCUGUCAAUGCUGGACUCUGGUGGAAGGCCAACCCAUCUGAUUGGGAUUACAACUUCCCUGCCGGCUGGAAAGCAAAAGAUAUGUUACCUGCCACAAACAGGGUCUUUUCCAGGAUUCCAGGCACAGACCAUCCAUCUUUGGAUGGCAAGCUCUAUGUGCAAUCCGGAUUCGACACUAUCCGACAAGGGUUAGAUAAUGCUAAAUGGACUAGUGUAACUGCCAAUAAUGUGCCAGAGAAGAAGAACCGAACCUAUGCUCAUACACCAUAUAUGUCCUCCCAUGGAGAGCGAGGUGGACCAAUGGCAACCUACCUUGUCACUGCUGCAGGCAGAAAGAACUUCCAAAUGUGGUUGAACACUAGUGUCGAGCGUAUCACACGCAUUGGAGGACACGCAGUCAGCUUAGACGUUUCUCCUGCUAACAAUGGCGGUCGCUAUGGAACUGUCCAGCUCACCCCAGUUACCGGUCGGGUCAUCCUCGCAGCUGGAACUUUUGGAACAACUAAAAUCCUUUUCCGAAGUGGCAUUGGUCCAAAAGAUCAACUUGAUAUUGUUGCUACUAGUGCAGAUGCCAAGGUUAUGUCGAACUCAGCAAACUGGCUCAAUCUCCCUGUUGGAAAGAGUCUGAAUGACCAUCUUAACACUGAUACAGUCAUCUCUCACCCUAAUGUCUCCUACUAUGACUGGCCCGCGGCUUGGAAUACACCUAUCGAAAAGGACAAGGUUGAUUAUCUUACAAAAAGAAUCGGUCCACUUACUCAAGCUGCGCCAAAUAUUGGUCCAAUGAUGUGGGAGGAGAUCAAGGGACCGGAUGGCAUCGUCCGACAGUUCCAAUGGACAUCCAGAGUUGAAGGCUCUGGUGGUUUUGACAACGGUAAUACUAUGACUUUGAGCUUGUACCUCGGACGUGGAUCUGUUUCCCGAGGUCAGACUACGAUCAACAAGGGAUUGAACAUGGUUGUUUCGACACUUCCAUAUGGUGAUGCAAAUGAUCUUGCAACAGUCGCCAUGGCCCUUGACAGCAUGAAGAGUGCCUUGAAGACCAUUCCAGGUCUCACUUGGUUAGCACCAACCCUUAACCAGACUGGUGCUGAUUACCUCAAGACAAUCCCAUUGACGUACAGCAAUGUUGGUGCUCGUCGUUCAAAUCAUUGGAUGGGUACUGCCAAGCUAGGUACCGACAGUGGUCUCACUGGCGGAACCUCAGUCGUCGACACAAACACCAAAAUCUACGGUACCGACAACAUGUUCGUUGUAGACGCCAGUAUCUUCCCUGGAAUGCCAUCUACCAACCCAUCUGGCUUGAUCGUCGUUGCUGCUGAGCGUGCUGCCGAGCUCAUCAAGGCUUUACCUGCCCUCAGAGCCGUUAACAAGGGUGGCCAAUGUGGUGGAGCUAAGUAUACAGGUGCCAUGGUUUGCGCGAAACCAUUCACUUGCAAGGUUAUCAAUAAAGACUUAUCAAAGUGCUCAUAA